CUGAAAAGCAACAGAUUCUUAAUUAUAAACAAGAAGCAUAGGUAAUUAUCAUUUAGAAGCUAGCUAAGAUCAGAUAUGGAGGGAGUGAUUGAAGUCCCAAAAGUGAAGCUUAACUCCGGCCAUGAAAUGCCUGUUUUAGCUAUGGGAACUGCGUUUCCCUCACUUCCAGACCAGGACGAGUUGAUAUCAUCUCUCAUUCAUGCCAUUGAGAUCGGGUACCGUCACUUUGACACCGCCGCCGCUUACGGCUCCGAGGAGGCCCUGGGCCGUGCGGUGGCCGCUGCAAUCCAACGCCGCCUUGUUUCCGGCCGCGACCAACUCUUCAUCACCUCUAAGCUUUGGAUCACCGAAACGGACCGUCAUCUUGUCCUUCCGGCACUCAAGAGAUCGCUGGGGAGGUUGGGACUAGAUUAUGUGGAUUUAUAUUUAGUACAUUGGCCACUAAGGAUGAAGGAUGCCAAAGAGAGCUUGGAGAUUAAAACAGAAAACAUCAUUCCUUUUGACAUGAAAGGGACAUGGGAAGGGAUGGAAGAGUGUCACAACUUGGGCUUGGCUAAGUCCAUUGGUGUGUCUAACUUCACUUCAACUAAGAUUUCUAAACUCCUCCACAAUGCUACCAUUCCUCCUGCUGUUAAUCAGGUAGAGAUGAGUGUUGCAUGGCAGCAAGGAGGCUUAUUAAAGUUUUGCGGAGAGAAAGGAAUUCAUAUUAGCGCAUGGAGUCCUCUAGGGAAUUUAGGUGCUGGGUUUUGGGGCUCCCAUGGGAUAUUGGAAAUCCCACUACUUAAGGAUAUUGCACAAGCUAAGCACAACACCAUUGCACAGGUCGCUUUGAGAUGGGUAUAUCAACAAGGAGCAAGUGUGAUUGUGAAGAGUUUUAACAAAGAAAGGAUGAAGGAAAACCUUCAUAUCUUUGAUGAUGAGUGUGAACUGAAUGAUGAAGAAAUUGAUAAGAUUGAACAACUACCACAGUGCAGAGGAUUUAAAGGAGAGGAGUUUGUUCAUUCAAAUGGACCAUACAAAUCUGUUGAGGAAUUGUGGGAUGGGGAUAUAUAAUUAAGCAACUAUGAUUGGAAGAUAUAUAUUAUGUUGAUGAGUGUGCUAAUAAUUAAGUUGGAGUACAUCAACUUUCAUCAUUAUUGAUAUUCUAAGAAAGCUAGCUUGUAUUCUCAACUUUAAUUUUCAAUGUAUUAAAUAAUUUAAA